ACAACACCAAAUGGCUACCAUAGCCCACCCCGCGGCUGGAACAGCUUCGGUAUGCAAGUUGGAAUCCGAUCGGCAACCCAUUUCGCGAUGACUCAGAACCAUACCAUCGCGCAGUGCGAUCUGCUAGCAGAUCCCGAUGCCCUUGGCGGUGCAGGUUACGAAUACUGUUCAUUGGACUCUGGAUGGUCAAUUGGCGAUCACGGUGACGAGCAUGGACGGAUCAUGUAUGUGGAGAAGCAACUAGAUCUGCCUGCGUUGGCCGAUCACCUGCACGCAAAGGGCUUAAAACUUGGAGUAUACGUCGUCCCAGGGGCGUUUUCCAAGGACGCGAACAAGACGAUCUACGGAACGCACAUCCGACUGAACAACACUUUUACCGGGCACGACAAUGGUCUCUCAAGAAUCGAUUUCAACUAUACCAGAGACGGGGUACAACAGUGGCAUGACUCUGUUGUGAACCAGUUCGCAGAAUGGGGUGUUGAUUUUAUCAAGCUUGAUUUUGUGACACCAGGAAGCCCAGAACAUGAUGUCCAUUUGUCGCCCGAUACGAGCGGAAGUGUUAUCGCCUUCCACAAGGCUAUCGCGAAGGCUUCCCGGCCAAUGCGAUUAGACGUCUCCUGGAAGCUCGAACCAAAUGUUACCUACUAUGACGUUUCGAGACGCAAUGCAGAUAGCAUGCGAAUAGAUCAAGACAUUAACAAUCAGCGCGCAGAUACCUUCGUUUCAUGGGCAACCAUACAGCGCGCAAUUGACAAUUGCCGGCAGUACAUCAACCUUCAUACCCAUAGUGUCGAACCCCUCACGAUAUACCCGGAUCUGGACAAUCUUUACGUGGGAAAUGCAGCCAACGUCUCCGGCAUCACGGAUGCCCAGCGUCAGACAAUGAUGACAUUUUGGCUGGGGGCUGGUGCAAACCUGCUUAUUGGCUCUGAUCUUCUGCAGUUGGACGAUUUCGGCAAGAAGUUAUUGACUGACACCGAAGCACUGGAUAUAGCAGAUUUCACCUCACAAUACCCAAGGCAACCGCGUAAUCCUGGAACAGGUGGAAACAUUGCGCAGCAACUCCAGGCGUGGAUCGCUGGACCUGAUGUGAGUGGGGAAGCUGUGGUAGUGGUUGCCAACCUUGGCCCACCACUGGGCCGUAGUGGGUACGAAGAUCAACCGAGUGUUGAAGGAAUGGUGGAGGUGGAGGUACCUUUUGCGAGCCUAGGCAUCCCGGGGAUCCACAAGGUCAGGGACGUUUGGAGGCACAAAGACCUGCCGAUGAGGAUGGAUGGAUUGCACGUCCUUCUUGGUGAAGGAGAAUCGAAGCUGUUCAAGCUCACUCCUGUUCUGUGA